UAUAAAACCGUCUUAAGAGGAAGAGAAAAGAAAAGAAAACAGACGUGAGCUCUGUUUUUCUUCUCUCUGUCAUAUUUGCAUCCUUUCCCCUCAGUUACUAUUACUCAUCAAUGGCCAAAGAUGGUGGCGUUUCUUGUCUAAGGAGCUCGGAGAUGAUGAGCGUCGGUAUCGGAGGAAUGGAACCUCCACCGUUAGAUUUAGAUGAAGUUCACGUCUUGGCCGUCGAUGACAGCCUCGUUGAUCGGAUUGUCAUCGAGAGAUUGCUUCGUAUUACCUCCUGCAAAGUCACGGCGGUUGACAGCGGAUGGCGUGCUCUAGAGUUUCUAGGACUAGACAACGAUAAAGCAUCUGCCGAAUUUGAUAAAUUGAAAGUUGAUAUGAUCAUAACUGAUUACUGCAUGCCUGGAAUGACCGGUUACGAGCUUCUCAAGAAGAUCAAGGAAUCGUCCAGUUUCCGACAAGUCCCAGUUGUAAUAAUGUCGUCGGAGAACGUGUUGACCAGAAUCGACAGGUGCCUUGAGGAAGGUGCGGAGGAUUUCUUACUGAAACCGGUGAAACUCGCCGACGUGAAACGACUGAGAAACUGUUUAACCGGAGACGUUAAACUUUCCAACGGAAACAAACGGAAGCUUCCAGAAGAUUCUGUUACCGUCGACACUUCGCUUCCACCGCCACCGCCGCCGUCAUCCUUGACUCUCUCCACUAAUUCGUCGGACUCUUCUCCGCCGUUAUCUCCCGUGGAAGUCUUUUCUUCGCCACUCUCAUCUCCUGAAGAGGUUGAUGAUGUGUUGACUUCGUCGCCGGAGGAGUCGCCGAUUCGACGGCAGAAGAUGGGGAGUCCCGGAUUAGAUUAGUGAAAGUGUUUUACUUUUCUGGGAUCCGUGUAAUAUUUACUAUCUCCGUUAACUUUUUUACCUUUGACGGUAUUUUUAAUUGCACGUUGACUUGAUGACGCCGUCAAUUUAUAGAUCUCCUUUUCUUCUUGUUUCUAAAAACUUUUCGAAUUUCCUAUAA